AUGGCCUCCCGAUUCACUCGCUUGACGACUGCUGCCCCCAAGUUGGCCCGUGGCUACGCUGCCGCUGCUUCCCCCAAGGCACCCGUUACCUUGUACGGUCUUGAUGGUCGUUACGCUACUGCCUUGUACACCGCUGCAGCUCGCCAGAACGCGCUCGAUGCCGUUGAGCGUGAUUUGACCCAGCUCUCGACCUCCAUCAGCAAGGACAAGGCUGUCCAGGCUUUCUUGGAGAACCCCACUGUCACCCGUCAGGCCAAGGCUGAGGGUAUCUCUGCUUUGUUGAGCAAGGCUGGCAAGGUCAACCCCUUGACCAAGAACUUGUUCGAAGCCUUGAACGAAAACAGCCGCUUGGACCAGACCGUCAAGGUUUUGUCUGCCUACGCUGAAUUGAUGAGCGCUCACCGCAACGAAUUGCCUUUGGUCAUCACCUCUGCCAAGGAACUCGACAAGUCCGUCUUGAACAAGAUCUCUGACUCUUUGCAGAAGAGCAAGCUUGCUGAGGGCAAGAAGUUGUUGGUCUCCAACAAGGUCAAGACCGAUAUCCUCGGUGGUAUCCUCGUCGAGAUUGGCGACAAGAGCAUUGACUUGACUGUCUCUUCCAAGAUUGCCAAGUUGAACAAGCUUGUCACUGAUGCCGUUUAA